AUGACGGUAGACACAGCACCGUCGCUGCCGGCGGACCUGGAACUUGACGAUGGCACGCCCGGCUCUGAGUCCAUCGAGGAGCGCUGCUUCUCAGCCGCCCUCAUCUGCCUCGAAGGCCACUACACCAUACCGCCCAUGGGCCCCCAGACCGCAGCCAGGGUCUCAUCCAUGAUAGCAAAGACCCUUGAGAAGACACACACAUUCAAGCAUGUGAGGGAAACGUUGUCACGAAACGUCGAGAUUUGGAUAUGGUUGACAAAGAUUUUCGGCGCCGCCAUCCCCAGCCUCACCACACGCUCAGUAGGCCCGCUGUCAAGUCUCAACGACCCCGAGAAGGGCGUCACCCCGCAGGAGAGCACGGCUCUCAUCGUAAAGAACCACCACAGCCUCAAGGAUGACCUCUCUAUUCUCAACAAGCUCAUGCACAUCGCGAGGAACCUGCUGGUGACGUCGGAGCCCGAGGUCCCACAGGACAUCUGCGCCGCCGUCCACUUCGACCAGAUGGUGUACCAGACCAUCAUUCUCUGUGUUAACGUCACGAGCAAGGGCUACGACGGCGAGAUUCUGGACGAGACAUCACGCGCAAAGUUGAAUGAGAUUACGGACAUGUACAAGAAGCUUCUGGUUACCUCUCUCCAACAAGCACACAACUGGACGGCCAAGAACGACCGGAACAAAAUGUCAUUUUGGUACGACGUUCUCUUUGACGAGGACGCCCAGCUGGACGACCCCCAGGACGGCCUCGGUGAUGGCUCUGGAUUCCGUGUUGACGUCGCAAAGACCGAAAUCCAGCACUGGCUUGAGCGCAACUCCAGAAUGUGCGACACGGCCCGCAAGCUCCUCACAGACUACUCCCAGAACAAGUCUCACAAGCCGCCCGGCGUCCUGGCUCCGAUUGCCCCCCUGGCCUGGAACUGGUUUCCGGAAGGCCAGGUGAAGGUUCGCGCAGACAACUACAAGGAGGGCGAGCGCGUGACACCGACGUGGGACCCCGAAAUCCAAGACAAGUUCGAGCAGGACCGCCUGUACUGCCGAGUCUCGAGGGAAAUCGACACAUGGUGGUUGCGCGCCCGAGACGCAAACUACGAGGGCUGGCAGGUCGCCAUGCCUUCCGUCGACUUUGCGAAGCAGCGGACAGAGCACUGCAAGAGCAACCUCAUCAACCGCUACACACCCAUGCCCGUCAUGCGCUCGGGCGAGGAGGCAGAGGUUGUCGAGGUCGAGGAGUCGGGAGACCUCCCGGAAGGCUCGCCAGAGGAAUAUGCCGAGGACUACCACCACGUGGAAAACCUGGACGACAUGAUGGACGACGACGACAUCGACGACGACGAGUCCUACGGCGAAGGACCCUUGACCGGCCUCCUCACCGAGAUCCCCAACAUCCUCGACCCCAAGCAGAUCGAGGCCCUCCACAUGAUUGUCAAAUCCUGCAUCCUCGACUCUGCCGGCACGGGCCUCACCCACGCCGGCGAGAACCUCCAAAAGACGCGCUGCCGCAUGUUCCUCGCCCUCGACUGCGGCAAGUCUCUCCUCCGCGAGAUGCUCGUCUUCAUUGCCGUCUGGGAGAAGGACGAACAGUCCCUCAUCUUCCAAAUCACCUCCCAGCUCAUCGAGGCCCUGCACCACUCCGCGCUCGUCCCCUACGCCUGGAACUCCCUCCGCAUCCCCAAGGACAUCAUCUCCCCGGCGCAGACCGUCCUCCUCCGCCUCGUCAACCACAUCUUCCGCUCCCGCAUCAGCAACCCGCCCCAGGACAAGAAGGACCAGGACCGCGACGUCAAGCUCGUCAUGUUCUUCUUCAGCUUCUUCCGCUCCCGCAUCGUCCCCGAGUGUGUCGCCCUCAUGCACCUCCAGGCCCAGAUCCGCGAGGAGAACGUCGACCCGGCCGAGUUCCCCGUCGACACCUGGGACAUGGAGCGCGCCAAGGACGGCCUCGCCCAGUACCUCGACUUCCUGACCACCGCCUCCGAGAUCGCCGAGUCCCGCAAGAAGCUCAUCGAGUGGGAGGCCGUCUACGACCUCAUCACCCUCCUCAACGGCCUCGAGGCCGGUGUCCCCAAGAAGCCCCUCGUCGACGCCGUCCCUAGCCGCAACCGCCCUCCUCCCGCAUCCACUCCCCCAGACCAGCAACAGCAAAACAGCGCCGGCUCCACCCCGAUCGUCGAGCGCCCCUACUCCACAAACGAGAGCCUUCCCCCAUCCCCGCCGCCGCCGUCCCUCUCCGACCCGGCGCACAAGUACCCCUGGUCCGGCAUCAAGGGCCAGAUCUUCACCAUCCUCGCGACCCUCCUGCAGCCCCCGCCCGGCCAGUCCUCGCCGGGCAACCCGGAGGUGCAGAACCAGAUGGUCAACCACAACGGCAUCGUGCCCCUCCUCAACUGCUGCGCCUACGACGACCACAACCCCUUCGCCAAGGAGCGCGUCACCAUCUGCCUCAAGUGGCUCCUCGACGGCUGCGAGGCCGCCAACAAUUUCUUCCGCGAGCUCGUCAACCUCGCCCCCGCGCCCUCCCUGCGGCCCCCGCCCGGCGGCACCACCACCUCCACCAUCCGCGUGGACGGCAUCGCGGGCGAGGUCAAGGUGCAGGUCCGCUCCAACUCUGCGCCGGCGGCUGGGGACGGCGGCGGGUCCGAAGGCGGCGACGGCAAGAAGCACGUCCACGAUCCCUACGGCUUGGUGGACAGCGCGGCGACGCUGAAUCUCUCAAACAAGAGGCCGGAGACGAACGAGCCUUUCAACGACGACGACUUUAUGUAA